UAAACAUUACUGGUGUCUCAUAGCGUGUUUAAGGUGAAAGUGAAAUUACAAGAUUAUCAAAAAUAGAAUAUGAAAUAUUCAGUGAGGAAAUUCAUAUAAAAAAUAAUAUAAAAAAUACACAAACGGUUUCAUCGCACACUGAUCACGGUGGCUUAUCAUGUGAUUCGUUACAUAUCGCGGGCAGACAAAAAAGUAACAACGCGGAAAAAAUGGAGGUAAAGAUGAAUUUGUGCUUCUCCGUCGCUUUUGCCGCGCUUUUGUUGCUAGUGUCUGCAAAUCAAACUCUAACUACUGAAGAACUACAAAUGAUGAGAGAUAAUAAUUACACAAUAACUGUAGAUGAGAGAGACAACACUGUUAUAUUUGAACAUAUUGGAGUGCCUGACCAUACAUCUGAAAGAGGGUGGGGAAAUAAUCACGAGGUGGAAAUUGUUAAUCACAAAUACACUCUGCAUCUCAAACCAACUGUCGCUUUAAUUAAAAAAGGAUGUGCAGGGGGAUUCGGCGUUGUUGGACUUGCAGUAACCGGUGCGGCGUUUUAUAACCCGUUUACUUUAUAUGGAUGGGACGCCGUUAAUGGAGAAUGUGCCGAGGAGCUUGAUAAUUGCAAAGGACAUCCAAGUCCUGACGGAACAUAUCAUUACCAUGGUGUCCCAGAAUGCCUUUAUACUGGAGAUGUUGCAGACAAAUUUCUAGGCGUAGCUCUGGACGGUUAUCCAAUCUACGGACCCAUGGACAGUACUGGUAAAAACUGGACCUCUGCUGAGUUAGACCAAUGUCAUGGGCAUACCUAUAAUGGAAGGUACAUGUAUAGAGCAACUUUUGACUUUCCCUAUCUCAUCAGUUGUUUCCAUGGAGACAGUGUGAGAGUCCAACAGUCAGGACCACCUGUCAACAAUGGUGGCAAUGAAACACGAGAACCGCCAGUGGACGACAGACCGUCUGCAAAUGGAACAAUUGGCAAUGCUCCUGGAGUCGGUGAAGCGAUUCCACAGAAAUGUCGGAUGGCCAAGUACCCAAACUGGAACUCUGAGAUUUGUUACGUUGUUUGUAGGAAUCCUGGAAAUGAACUCGACAAUUGUUUAGAUAAUGAUAUUGGCGGCAGCUCGUCAGUUUUUAAUUCCCUAUCCGUUAUCUAUAUCGUCACCGCUUCUUUCGUUUUUUUACAUUUUCCUGUAACUGACACUUUCCUGUAACUGAGCAUUAGGCCAAGUUGAAAUGUGUGAUAUGUUUGAGCCUUAAACUAUCCUUGUUACUUAUAACUUAUAUAAUUUGAAUCUUAUUGAAUCAUCUGAAUGAAAUCACAGUUGUGCAAUAAAACGUUUGGCAAAAGAACAUGAACAAAGCGUUAAACAGUUAUUUUAUGUUGCGUAAAUUUGCAGUAAAGCUCUAUGAAUAAGAGUUCUUUUCAAUUCAAUGUGGUAUUAAAUGUAUGUGCAA